UAAAAGCAAAAUCAUACAGACUUAAGCAAACUCUAAAAAUUAUUUAUAAAUUUACACAAAACGAAUUGUUAUCAACAGACAACGUCCAUUGGAGUGUUUAGCUUUGCCGAAUUUACCAGUUCCACGAUAGAGCAAAUAGGACAAUGGCGACUAAAGCUCUCAAGUACUAUUACGAUCUGCUCUCCCAACCGUCGCGUGCUUUAUAUAUUCUCCUGGAGCAAACAAAAAUUCCUCAUCAAAAGUGUCCUAUCGCCCUGAGAAAGUUUGAAAACAAAUCAGCCGAGUUCACAGAGAACAUCAACCGUUUUGGCAAACUGCCCUGCAUCGUUCACGGUGACUUUAAACUAGCAGAAAACAUUGCCAUCUUCCGCUACCUGGAGCGGGAGUUUGGAUUCGGCGACCACCAACGAAACCUAUCGUGGUACCCACAGGAGCGGACCGCGCGUGCCCGAGUGGACGAGUAUCUCGAGUGGCAGCAUGCCAACAUCCGCGCACAAUGUGCGCAGUAUUUCCUCUACGUCUGGAUCCGGCCCCUGGUGGGUUUGGACCUGGACGCGGCCAAAGUCGAACGGCUGAAAGCUAGAAUGAACGACUGUCUGGAUAUUUUCGAACGUGAAUGGUUGGACGGCGGACGCAGACGGUUCCUAGCCGGCGACGGUGUGAGCUACGCCGACGUGCUGGCAGCCUGCGAAAUCGAGCAACCCAAGCUGGCCGGAUUCGAUCCGCGCGUUGGUCGACCCAAUCUGACCGCUUGGUUGGAACGGGUACGCGCCGAAACGAAUCCGCACUACGAUGAAGCGCACAAGGUUGCCUACCGGUUUACGCCGAAGGAGAUUCCAACGCCACAGGUUGACUGAUGUGAUGCCCUUAGGGGACAUUAAAAUUAGUUUUGGUUGAUGUCAUUAUUAGUCUUUUUUUUUUAACUAAAAUCCAUA